GCUGUCUCAUUUUCUGGCUUUUACGUCUAGUGUCGUUACAGUGGAGUCGAGUUUAGGUGUUCUAGACUCUAGAGUGUGUUUGUUUUCUCUGAACACAGUUCUACAACAGUCACUACACAUUCGAAAGUGCCGACAUCGAUUUGACUUGUGCAUGACAAGCAAGAGCAAAAUGCAUGGUGGAAUGGAGACGACGCUCCUCAAGUCUACAAGAACAAAGAGACAACUGGUACUCUCGUGCUGUCGAAGAGGGGAGGAAGUUACUACCUUUGAUAGGCACACAUUUUUACCGUAAAAUAAGUGGAUAAAUGCUUGUUUGUCUUCUUAGCUGUAUAGAGUACGGAUUUGCCGGUUUGGAUGUCUCGCUUAUCCGGGGCUUUGCAAAUCAGAAGAAGUUCCGACAUCACAGGGAGAGCACAGCAAUCCGAAGAGAUGGCCAUUAGUUGUAGUGACACGAUUCUGAGAGACCUGAACUACCGGUUGACCGGUUUACUCAUACUUCAGACUCUCUAUGCGACAUUACUGGAAGAAACUGGUCGCCUAAGAGCUCGACUUCUAAGGCAAGAAGCAGAAUGUACUAUACUGAAAGAUGAGCUGCUUGAAGUUUCUAAGACUGAUAAGUCGUCCGUCUGUGCAAAGGAAGCCACGCAUUCAGGGGCUGUGGACGACAACGACAGUUCGCUCUUUUCUCCAUUUUGUCGUGCCAUUCAGAUGCGACUCACUAAAUGCGAAGAGAUGAUCGCUGGUAUUGAAGGAAUGACUGCCAAAGGCUUGAUACAGCAAAACUACGAGCUCAGGCGAUCGUAUCAGCACGAAGUGAUGAUAAGAGAAGAUCUAGAACGUCAACUAGAUCUGCAUCGUCAAGGAAAAGUGUCAGAUAACGAUCAGCUUGAUUCUCGUUCUUGUGGCGACGAUGCGACGCUAAAAUACAAAGAAAGUGAAUGGAUACCGUCAGUCGAGCGAACGCUUAUCCAGGAACUGGGGACUCAAUUGGAACAAAUGGCACGUGACGCAGUCGUACUGCAAGUACAACUCGAUCAAGAGAAAUACGGACGACGUCGAGCACACGUACAAAUCAACGAGCUACUCAACGACUUGGUUUGCUGCUUUACGAAGAUGUCCGACGUGAUCGACGACUCCACGAUCAAGCAAUCGUUGGAAGAAGUUUUGUCGAAGAUCGACAGCUUGUCUCAUUACAGCGCAGACGUAGCUGCUGCCGUCGACGUUGCCACACAAGAUGUCAACCGUGCCAGUCUCUUGCUAGAUACGUCGGAAGACGAAGAGAUAACAAACGAUAUGUCAUUAGGGCAAGCUCGUGCCAAGGUGUUGGAGGUGAUGGAGAAGAAAAAACGGUUAAAGAAAAAGGCGAAUAAGCAAAUCGUAGACGAAAUGAGACAACGCAAAAAGGCAGCAAUGAGAAUCAAGGAUCUGGAAGAAAGAUUGAGAAAGUGUGAGGCUGAUAAACGUCUCAUUGAAGAAAAGUAUCGCGAAGACAAUCAUCUGCUUCGUGCCGAGUUGGACGAGUUGAAGUGCUCACUUGGCAAUCGCAGUUCGUACGCAGUUAAAGCGGCUCAGUCGGUCCGGUCGCUUGUUGAACUACUAGAGCAGCAAAAAUUGGAUUUAAAAGCUCAACUGGAUCGCCUUGUUACUGAGAUGGCAGCUAUACAAGAAAAGAGGGAUGAAUUGAGACAUAGAAAUGAACGACUUGAAGAAGAGUUGAGACGUCUUAGAGAUAGCGCUUUGGAAGAAGCUGCAGCUAGAGUAGAAAGUGAUUAUAAGAGAGUCAAAUUAGAAUGUAAGACAUUGAAGGAGGAGAAUAGUAAUCUGAAAGAGCGCGUCGAGUUGCUUCAAGAGACAGCUAAGCGUGAUGGUGAAAGCCAAACGGAAACGGUGAAAUUAUUUGAGAAUAAGGUUGGAAGAUAUGAAUCUGAAAUGAAGACGUUGCAAGAUAUCAAUGCAUCAUUGAGUACAAACGAGCGCCAGAUGGCGGCCAAGAUUGCCUCACUUGAGACGUCGCUUCAGAACGUGAGCAUCGGACGCGUAGACACGAUACCGAGGCGACGAGAAGAGUCAUCAUCUGGGCUUGGCUCGAGUGGAAGGGCAUACAUGGGUGAAGAACAACUUCAACCAGAGUUAGUAUCUCGAAAUUCGCAGUUGUUGUCGUCGAUUUCGGCCCGUCCUGGCGUGCACAACGACGAGCGUGUAGACACCGGCUUUUCUGCGGCCAGUGAUUUGGCACCACAGUCAUUGCCGACAUUCCAGAGUGUGCACAAUGAGUCACGACAUCCGGGACCGUUUCAGACCAGACAGCGAGAGAUGAGAGUUUCACCAGCCGCAAGCUCGCGCACCUUGUCGUCUUUGAGAGACGUUGGAGGGUUGAAGAGGCACGACGCCGGCAGGGACGAUUCCGGGGUCGGCCGGUCCUCUGUUGGUGGGUAUUCUAUGAGCCUAGGAGGGUCGAGGUCAAUGUUGGGUCCUCCUAGUCGCGAUACUAUGCAAUGCUUGAAAUGUGGGACUCGGUUCUCGGUAAGGGAUCUUGAGAGAUACGAGAGACAUAUUCGAGAUUGCUAUUCUUCAUGAUGUUUUUGUAAAAGUUUGGAUAUUUUGGGCAACAGCAUUGCGAGCUAGGGUAUCAUGGAGAGUCAUAACGCAUGCAUACGUACUACUUGUAUUGAUGGGGACACAAGAGUACAUGUUGCUCUUCUGCUUGGUGGCCUCAUAAAGUUGUACAGCAAACUGUAAUUUUUUGACACUACAAAGAUGAAGAUCGACGUGGAAGCAACUCCAACUAGUUUUUGUGUUCUCUGUUUAGUCUUGCACACCAUGUUUUCUUAUACUGACUCAUAGAACACAAAUAUUUUACUCUGCUUUGUAAUAUUUGCACAUAACUGUUAGUUUGUAUUGAGAUUUGUCUGCAUAUAUGUCGUCUUUUGACUUUGAGAAGUCUGAUUGCAGUAAAAUUGUAGAUUAUUGAUAUAAAUAAAUUUGCUGCGUCAGUAUUGA